AUGGCCUCCAUCUUCCGUGUCGCCCGCUUCGCUGUCCGCGCCGAGCUCCCUGCCGUUCCCUGCUUCAGCCGCAGGCUGCACGUCAGCGCGCGCCGCUUCGCGUCCGAGGACCCCUUUGCGCAGGACCCGCGGAUCGUCGAGCUCCGUAACAAGAUCCAGGCGCAUGAGGGCGCCAAGCAGGCUAUCAUGCGGCUCGGGCAGCUGAUGCAGGACAAGGGCGUCGACCUCUCCAAGCCCCCCUCGACGAUGCAGGUCAUGAAGCUCGGCAUGGACCCGGACAUCCGCGAGGCUGGCCAGAACCUCAUGGUGCAGCUCAAGGAGGCCGGCGUUGACAUCAACCCCGAGACUGCGUCGCAGAUCUUCCAGAACGUGGUCAAGGACGAGGUCGAGCCAAAGGACAAGUAG